AUGAUGGUGGCGAUGGCCAUCACCGAUGGAUUAGAAGUUGGCGGAAAUGACGUUGUCGACAUUAACAUACAGUGCUCUGGAAUCAAGAAGUUUGUUGCUCAUGUGAGCUUGGAUUCGUCUGUCGAAACCUUCAAGUCUGUGAUUGCAAAUCACUGUUAUGUACCUGCGGAACAUCAGCGUUUGAUUUAUAAAGAUUUGGAGGUAGAGCACACUCUUCACUUGGUUCGUUCUUAUCUACCUACUACAAUUAAUUUGUGUGAAUUUCCAGAGGUUAAAGAAAUACAACACAUAUGGAUUCAUCAUCCCCACAUCAGUCAAAGUACGUUGGAACAACUAAUCAAUGAUCCAGAAGCUCUACACAACAGUGUAAUGAGUAGUCCUCAGUUGUGCGAGAUUAUUAAUAGGGAUCCGGAUCACUGGAUGAUCCUAUCAUCUUCCAUACAAUAG